AUGAAGUUCAUUGUCCUCUUCACAAUCCUGUCCGCCGGCACCACCAUGGCAUUGCCAGCAGCUCUCCAGCAGCGCGACACAAACGGCGAGAGCGCCUUCACGCCACUACCGUACGGCAUGAAGUCGACGCCCGACUGUCCCGAGUGGAAGGACUAUUGUAUACACUGUGACGAAAGCGACUUCGACUGCAUCACCAGCCCAGUCUGCGACUGGUGCCGCACGUACGACGCCUCCUGGGGAGGGAAUAGAGUCGCCCAGAACUAG